CUAACUUUGGAGAACGUACAACUAAACCAAACUGGUGUAUACAAGUGUUUCGUAUAUGGAAAACGAUGGGAUGCAGAAAAUGCAAUAUUCCUUCUUCAUGUCAUCAGAUGCCCAGCUUAUCGUUGGGGAUCUGAAUGUGAACAUACCUGUAAUGAGUGUCUCAAUGGAGGCAAGUGCGAUGCAGACUCAGGAGAGUGUGUAUGUCCUCCUGGUUUCAACGGGACAACAUGUGAACACGUCCUGGGCAGCAACUGGUUUGGGCAGGAUGGCAGCUUUUCUUGUGAUUCCUCAGGAGAUGAUCACAGUCCAGGGUGUCGGGGUAAACUCUUCUGCCUACCAGACCCCUUUGGAUGCACCUGUGCAGCAGGAUUCAUGGGAAUCAAUUGUACAACAGAAUGUAAGCCAGGAACGUAUGGAGCCAAUUGUUUGCAACUGUGCCACUGUUCUCCAAGUAACACCUGUGCCAAGGGUACAGGAGAAUGCAUUGAUGGGACUGCAUGUCAAGAAGGAUGGACUGGUGUCAACUGUCAAGACUGUUCCUUAUUACGCCAUAGCGAGCUUCUACUACACCAAGGUUAACAAUGGCGAACCUACAACAUUGGUUUGUGUCGUGACAGGAUCCCCUCCACCGACCUCCGAAAACAUCAUCGUCACCGAUGCAGCCGGUGCAGAUGAAGGGAUUAUCCUUCUGGGGACCAAUGUCACUGAAUCAACCAGGACAUCCUGGUACCGGGUUAUGGUGAAUCUGGAUGAGGUAAUACCAGAGGAAUCAUGGGAAUGCAGUGCCCUGUCUGAAUUAGAAAUCAAUGUUAGCACCGACGGACAAAAUGGCUUUCCGCGAACCUUGUCAUUUGAUACUAUGGCGGGUACUGCUAACAUUGAACAGCUUGAGGAUUGUUCUACGUAUAACAUCAACGCAGCAUUUAGAAACAAAGACGAGUUGGGGAUCUCUUCAGAAAUAUUGUCAGUGAGCACGUCUUUGAUACGACCCGCAAGUGUAGAAGCCCUACAUAUGUCACCUUCAACCACAGAAAUUGAAGUCAGCUGGGAAACGUCAUCAAGUCCAUGCUCCCCUGACUAUUAUAUCAUACGCUACAGUCUCUAUCAGAAGCUUGCCUGCUCCUCACUAGAAACCACCCCAACAGAGUUUGAAGUGAACUCGAGUGUCACACAAUACAAUAAUCUAGUGGGGUUGGAGCCUUACUCGCGAUACCAGAUCACCGUUACAGCUGUAAAUGGUGCCGGGCAGAGUGAACCCGCGAUCGGCUAUUCAGAUACCAGGCCGGGACCUACGUCCAACAUUACAAAUGUCAGGGUUAACCCAGAAAGAACGUCUCCAACACGAUUAGGAUUCACCUGGCAACCUCUCAACUGUGGAAAUGUGAAUGGAGUGUUCUGGUACUACUAUCCAAGAAUCUACAAGGAUGGUGAUAGACAUGAACUACCGGCUAAGAAGACGUACUUGGAUGAUGACAUAUCAUACUCCUCAGUAGAGUUCAAUGGUCUUGAGGCAUGCACGAUGUAUGAACUGAAUUUACAUGCCCGCAACCGUGACGUGCCAACUCCUGGAAACGUGUCUAAUGCUAUUGGUGUAACAGGAGUUACUUUCACAAGUGCAUACGCUUAUGCAACUGGGAAUCAACUAAGAGUUCAGUGGAGUGUUCCGUCUCAAUGCAAUGUGGAUUACUACAGAUUAUCAUAUCACCUCAUCUCACGUAAGGCAUGUCAAGAUGUUCCUGUAAUAGAUGCUCCAGUCUACGAACUCAACGUCACAUCAAAUACCACAUAUGUCUCCGAAUACCUUUCAGACUUGGAAUACUACGCAACUUAUAGUAUCUCCAUCAUAGCUGUGAUUAGGAGAGCGGAGAGCCUACCUAAGAAUGUUAGUGGAGACACACGAGAUGGAGACCCCUCUGCCAUCGAGACAGUGUCGUACACCUCUACUGCCAGCUCCUUGCGCUUUGUGUGGGAGGAACCCUCUUGUGAAAGCCUACAUGGUGCUUUGUAUGGCUAUGAAUACGAUCUCUAUGAUCCUACUGGUGGGGGAAGAUAUGUCCGGCCUUCAAUGACUAUCCGAAGAAACUAUGUACUAAUACCUGGUCUUGAUGCUUGCACAGAAUAUCGCUUCAGAAUAAGAAUAGUUACUACCCAGCUGAAAAGGAGUGAAUCGCAUAUGGCAAUGGCAAUGACUAAUAUAUCAGCUCCUGGAAUGCCAGUUAUUACAGAGCUUACCCCGCAUCAGGAAGACAUAGGCACUACUGGCCUAACAGUAUCAUGGCAACCUCCUUCCUCACCUCCAUGCCAGCCUACACAUUAUGAAAUCAAGUACUAUGUUCGUCAAGGCGAUAUGUGUGAGGAUAUCCCGAGUGAUCCUAGAAUGAAUUUAACAGGGACCGUCAAUGGUUCAACUUUUACCUUCAAUGUCCUGGAGUUGCGUCCAUACUCUGAGUACAUGGUGUUCGUGAGAGGCAGAACCAGUAGCGGUUAUGGUGAUUCGGAUUCCGAAGUAGCUACUACAGGAUAUUCACAUCCUACUGGUCCUCCAACUAAUAUUCAGUCCACUUCAAUCAAGAAACGCAGUAUUGUCUUCACUUGGGAGAAGCCAGAAUGUAGUGAUCGGAAUGGACCAAUCUCAAGCUACGAAGUUAUGCUCUCCAAUUCUACAGGAGACGUGGUUUAUCAUGGUAAUGCCUCAGCUAGCGCAGGACCUGAGCUAUUUGAGAUAUUUGACCUCAUCCCCUAUUCGAUCUACAGGAUUAGGAUCAGAGCUUGGAACUAUGAACUAGCAGGGGAGUAUGGUCCAGCGAUUUGGGCACAGACAGAUGAAUCAAAGCCAGCGCCACCAAUCGGAGUAAAUCUGCCAUCUUCCGACCAGGAGAGCAUCACAGUAGAAUGGAUGUCACCCAACCCUCCUCUGGGCAGGAUAAUAGGUUACUACAUUCUCUACUGGGAGGCGGAUGAUGUUGGUGCCACUCCUCAGACCUUCGGCAUCGAGUGUCGGGACGGGCUGUGCUCUGACAUUAACUACAGGUUUUCCACAAUUAUUCCCCAUCUCCAGCGGGACACAAAUUAUUCCGUUCAGGCAAGUGUGAUUCUUGCAGGCGUUUUGUUAAUGGAUUCUGUAUAUUAA